GGCGCAAUGACCUGGAUCGAACGCUCCGUGAUUCUGCCGGUUAUACUGCUGGCAUGGCCUGUGGCGAGCGGAGAUACCAACGUGACCUGUGUAUAUCAGAAGAGUUGUGUGUUGCCGUGCACCUUCCCGCCUGCUGGUGAGGAGUUAAUCCAUUGGAUCCUGCUGGAAAAGGAAGAAAUUUUUGUCCACUCCUACUACAACACCCAGGACCAACUCCAGUACCAGAACCAACGCUACAGACAAAGGACAUCAGUGUUCCAUGACCAGAUCCCAGGAGGCAACGCCUCGCUCCGCCUGACCACGGUCACAUUACAGGAUGAGGGACGCUACAGGUGCUACACCAGCACCGUCAAGGGCAACAUGGAGGUUUUCAUCCACCUGGAAGUGGAAGUGCCACUUGGUGAAGUUGAUGUUGACCUGGUAAAUAACACAGUCACCUGCAGCUCCAAAGGGAUCUACCCAAAGCCGAAGCUCAAAUGGUCUACACAGCCUCCGUCUAAACUGACCUAUCAGAUCCCAAUCCUGAAGAACCAUCAGGAGCUAUAUGAUAUUAGCAGUUCACUGGAUGUGCGUAACAACAGUCAAUUCACCUACAUCUGCUCUGUCAGCAACAACAGAGGAACGAGGAAGACCUUCUUUCACCAACCGGUCUAAACUGUGCCAGACAUUGGUCCACCUCGAGGAUCGGGUCCCCCAGCACAAACGGAGCAAUAUGGUGUACGCUGUCAAGUGCCAGGAGGAUUGCCGUGACUUAUACAUUGGGGAAACUAAAC